CACGCCGUAAAUUCAAUUCAAAAGGAUGCAGGUUCAUGUUGGGUAAUUCACAGCGGACAUUACAUAUAAUAUCUUGCCCAGUCAGUUGUUUGACUGGAUUUGUUCCACCUUGGACGAAACUUGCUCUCAUUCGAAAGUAGCACAUUUCUACCGACUUUUUGCCGAACGUGGCAACGGUGUUCAACGGCAAGUGGUGGAUGCGUACACAGAAUUUACAAACAUCUGGUGUUUGUUGUUGUGCACAGUGAAUUUAUUGCGAGUAUUCAAAAGUGUUUUCAGGUUGUUUUAGCGGCAAUUAUAGCAUUGUUAUCAUUGAUAGACAAUUUUCAAAGACAAUGGGACGUCGGAAGUGCAUUCUUUGUGGAGUUAGCAGUGAAAAAACUGAGACAACCUUCCACAGGUUUCCUAGUGAUAAGAAAAAACAAGAAGAAUGGUGCACUAUCCUCAAUAUUGAGAUAAAUGAUUUACCACUUCAUGCCUUUAUUUGCGCAAAUCAUUUUCACAAAAGUGAUUUAAUAGACGGCAAAAGAACUCAACUAAAGCAUUCAGCAGUUCCAUCAGUAGAGCCUUUAAGGCAAACAGAUGAUUCCAGUGAUGAGGAGAAUGAAAUCAAUCUUGCCCAGGAAAUUGCCCUAAGCCAUUCAAAUAGCGAACAACUGGAAAGCAGGGAUCUACCUAGAGAACAAAUAAAGUCACCAGAAGUAGCAACAGAAAGGGUAUGUGAAUACAGUUUUCCUGAACAAGAUCGAACAACAGAUAGUGUCACCCUAUCAGCUUCGUUGUCAGGCACCCAGUCAUUAUCUGAAUCCGCUACAUUAAGUGCUUCACAAUCAGGUACUGGAAGUAUCCCAGUGACACCACAGUCCCGUACCCAUGCCUCAGAAUUAGAUAUGAUGUACGUACCUAUCUACUUUUAUUUUCAAGUUCAGCCAGCUAAUAUCAGUCUUUAUUUUAGUGCAUUGUAUCUUCAUUAUUUCAGGAUUUUAAACACAUUCAUAGAAGCAAAAGGUGACAAUGAUAUAGUCUGGUGGUGAUUAAACCUGAAGUAAAGCUAAGUUAAGCUUUGAAUGUUUCAGAAUGAAAACAAAACCUAUUCGAUACUUCGGCGAUAUACGUUAUACUGAUUUGGAAAACCCACUUAAAAGGCCAAUUUGCUGGAAAAUCAUUCAAAACACGUAUAAGAAACAAAGAAAGACAAUUGACUGUUUACAAGCCAAAACAAGAAGACAAGCAAACAAAAUUUGGUCUCUUCAAGCAUUGACAAACCAUUUGAAGCGAAUAAAUAUGAUAUCGGAGAAUGCUCAACACAUGCUUGAUGUAAGUGAUUACAUGUUUAUUUUUUGAUUGUUGUUAAAAAUCCUCAUUUCUCAGGGCUCCAUUGCAGAAGACAUUUUCAACAAAAUUCAAAGAGGCCGAAAAAAAGAAAAAUAUAGUGCAGAACUGCGUCGCUAAAUGGCUAA